GGCAAAACGGAGGAAAACAGAUGAUAUAAGUUAAAGCUGCUGAGGAAAACGGAUAGAACACAGUUGAGAUUUUGUGAAGGAGGGUUAAUGCUCUGGAUUCCGCAACUGAGAUGAAUGACGGCUGGAGUAUAGAGAAGGAGGCAUUGAGUAUAGUGGAUGAAAGGGAGUGCAUGAAGUAUGGAGCAGGAGGUGAUGCCAUAGAUGAGGGAUAAGUUAUUGGAAAGCACAUUGUGGAAGUUGAAACAUUAGGGAUGCAGGCGUUUUGACAAAGGGAGAACGCAUUUGGCACAAAGACGGAAGUUGUCCUACAAUGGACACCGUACAUUCAGCCUUAGUACUGGCAACGCGCCCCUACAGGCUGCCUUACGUGCUUCAACCAGGAAAUCGUCAGGCCAGUUUGGUUUCAUGUUCAGACGGAGCAUAGCCAUGCCCGCUGUGUCAGUGAGUGUGCUCUGAACAAGCAUGGGGCUAAACUUAACACGAGCACUCCGCAACUUUAACCUUGAAAAUCGGGCUCAUGGGCUUAUUGGCAAGGAGAAGCCAAGGCCUGCACCCUCCCACCCGAAAACAGAGGAUGCACUGAGGGCAACCAAAACACAUCACCCAGACAUUGAAGAUAAAAUCCGUAACAAAGAUAAUCUGCUUCUGACAAGGCUGAAAGAAGUUUAUGUUGACUCCAGUGACCCAUCUUCUGAGGUACAAACCAAAGAGAGUGCAUCUGCGCAAGAAGAGCUUAGACUUCCAAAACUCACUGUGAAUCGAGAGACCCUUAUGGAUCUGGAUGUAGAGAGUAUUCCUAAAGGAAAGAUUUCUGUGCUUGAGGCACUGACACUUCUCAACAACUAUAAAAAUUCUCCAGAAACCUGGACUGCUAAGAAAAUAUCAGAAGACUACCACUUAGACUCCAAGAAGACCCAGGCACUGCUGGAAUACUUUAUACCUUUCAACGUGAAAAUGAUUCCACCCAAAGACAAGAAGCAAAUUACAGACUCGUAGAACACCGGAACUUAAUAGCUGAAGGCAAUUAUUUAUAUUUAUUUGAGAACUCUGAUCUGAUGAAUAUUUUGUUUUCUUUAACCCUUCUUAUCUGUGAUUUCUUGCAUUAAAGUCUUUGUGGUAAUUGGA